AUGAGAAGAGAUAUUACUAAUCUGAGGGGUUAUCUUGAGGAGGCUCAUCGCAAUGAGGCAGGCCACUAUAAGUACAAACGCGAGGUCCGAUUCCAGGUUAUCGGCAACCAGACAUGUUUUAUUAGUUACAAGCACUGGAAGCCUGCAAUUGUUCCGUUCUCUGGUCCCGCUUCGCUUGAUUUAGCCAAGGCUAUUCAGGGUGUUUCUAGCAAGAUGGGUGGCCACAUUGAGCGUUCUCCGUCUGGUAGUGGUUGUAUGGCCCCCAUUGCUCCCAUGUUCGAUGUUCUCAAGCCUACAAUGAUUCCUUUGGAGGCUAGACAUAUAAUCUUGAAACCAAAGAAGGAGGUCAAGAAGAUGAAGAACAAGGAGCUGAGGGACGAGUUGGAGAAGAGGAUGAGGGAGAAUGCGCUUCUUAAAUUAGAUGUUGCAAAACUUAGGGGAGAGGUGGUAGAGCUUAGUGAUGAUGAGGGUGAGAUAUGAGUGGGUGGGUAGGACAGUGGUGAUGGGUUGGUACGAUGCGG